UUGAAGAGGAAAACAGCGCAUUAGAUUGCAGUCUCACCAUACACCUGACACCUGAGAUUUUUGAGACACACAUACACAGACGAAGGAUAGGGCAGACCAUGUAUACAGUUAUUAUCUUGCAUGACUCAGAAGAGGUGCUGGUGGUACCAUCAAAUUGGGUGAGUUCAGAAAAGACACACUGUUACUGGCCUCCAUUCAAAUCAACAGAGAAGUGCAUGGAAGCUAUUCAGAACAAACUUAACCCUGAAACAGAAGGGAAACCAUGGGAGAAACUAUGCAUUAUCUUUCUCGGACAAUACGACACUUUUGAGAUGGCAAAAGAGGGGCAAAAACAAUACAAAGAACAGGAAGAACAGUCAAAUCCACUUGACACUGUAUUACCUGGAAUAAAAAGACUGAGAAGUGGAAGUACUCAAGGAAUGUUAAAUAAUCAGCUGCUUCUUCCUGCAUCACUUGCAUCUACUUCCAGAAUGUCAGCUGAUGACAAGGUUGAAAUCCUCCAAGUGCUGAGAGACAUCAAGAGCAAGAUUCAGCAAAACUCUACCAUGUUAAAAAAACUACUCAAAGACAAUACAGUUUCUGAAGCCCCCAGCAGUACAUGCGUGCCUUCAAAAAACCUAAAUCUGCCUCUUAGAACCCUUGAAGAUGUGUCCAGGACUGAAAUGGAGCUCAACAAUGCAACAACACGUAAAAAAUAUGUAAAACAAUUGUCACGGCUUGGAGGUUUUGUGCCCAAGGAUGUGAUUAAGAAUAUUAUGCAGCAAGUCCUAACAGACGAUCUCGCUACGCAGUUCAACUGGCUGGGGAGAGGAGAUAAAAAGCCCUUCUCUAAGCUUAUUUUAACAGAUGUGAUCAGAGAUGCUGCAUUAAACCGAAAUGUAAACAGGGGUGACUGUGAAACUGAAAUGAAAAAAUAUCUGAGUUACGCAGCUGGUCGGAAGAAAUCAAAAGAACAAGGAGGUCCUGGGCAUGAGUUUCUAAAUAUAAUUUCUACCUCAAUGAUGGACAACUAGCCAGAGAGGGAAACACCUUGGAAUUAAUGAGUUUUUGACAGGGAUGCAUCACUGAUACCGAUACUUUUAUUUUUGGUACUUGCAGAUACUAAGUAACGAUACCUAUAUUUUCAUUGCAUUUGUAAUUUUUAAAAAUACUGGGUACAGAAACCAAAAGAAUAUGUAUAAAAUUAGUUGGCUUAGUUCAUUUAGCGAAUAGAUAUUUCCUUCAGUUUUUUUUCAUACUUAAGUUAUAUAUAGAAUAUAUAUAUAUAUAGAAUUCUAUAUAUAUAUAUAUAUAUAUAUAUAUAUAUAGAAUACAGUUAAAUGUAUUCUACAAGCUUUUGUUACUUUUUUAUUUGCUCUGUGGUACUUCAUCUUUAAUUUAAUAGCACCUUAGAGCUGCUCCAUUACAGAGGAUCAGUAAUAAUGUAGAGAAUCACUCCUUAGCCCAUAGCCUACAUAAAUACUGUAAGUUUUAACAUCUGAAAUGUGCUGCGACUUACAUCAUUUAUAAUCAUCAAUCAUAGGUCAUGUAGACCAGUGGUUCCCAACCAUGAUCCUGGAGGCCCCCCAACACUGCAUGUUUUCCAUGUCUCCUUAAUGAAACACACCUGAUUCAGUUCAUCAGCUCAUUAGUAGAGACUCUGAAAAUGGGCAAAGUCCUGAAAUGGUUGUGUCAGACAAAGGAGAGAUACAAAAUAUGCAUAUUGGGGGGCCACCGAUGUAGACCCCCUUACACAUUAAACAUACAUUUUGAAAAAUGUAUGUAUUUCAAUUUGACAUUACAUACGUAAUUACAUACUUCAUGAAUUGUCAUGUUUUAAGGCAGGGGUGUUUUAUAGUUUCAGGACAAAAACUUAAAUGUGUAUAAAUUGUUGUAAAUAUAUAGAUUUUUAAGUAGCCUAUAGGCUUAUCUGUCUUUUCAAUGUUUCAAUGUGAUUUCAUU